CUGACAUCAAUCAAACUGUAAUAUUGUGCAAAUGUUGUCGGGCUAAAGUUGUAGCUACAGGAGGCAACACAAGCAAUUUGCUCCACCACCUUAUAGUCGUCAUCAUGUCCUGGAGUAGCAAGAAUGCAUGAAUAUAAAAUCUUCGUCCUCAAUGUCUGCAGGUAAUGCUGGGACUGCUAGACAAACGACCAAUCAGAUGUCAAUCAGAGAGGCGUUUGCUAGGGGAACGGCUUACGACAAGAAAAGCAAACGGUGGAAUGAGAUUACAAACGCUAUCACUAUCCACUUAGCCAAAGACAUGGUACCACUUAGUACUGUUGAGAAAGAUGGGUUCAGGGAGAUGAUUAAAACGCUGGAUUCCAGAUAUGUUUUACCAAGUCGCAGAUACUUCAGCCAAACAGCAAUUCCCGCCUUGUACCUAAAGCACAGAACCAAGCUAGAAGCAGACGUGGCUACCAUUCCCCACUUCUCAGCAACAACCGAUUUAUGGUCUAGUCGCAGCAUGGAGCCAUAUCUAAGCCUGACGGUUCGUUUUAUAAGUGAUGACUGGGUGUUGCAUAGUCGUUGUCUGCAAACAAGCUUUUUCCCAGAUGACCACAUUGGAGAGUUACUGUCGGCAGGCUUGCAGGAGGCACUUGAUUCCUGGGGACUUUCGGAGCAGAGACUAGUGGCCAUCACAACCGACAGUGGAGCCAACAUCCUUAAAGCUAUCCAGCUAAAUAAUUGGAUAAGACUCCAAUGCUUUGGUCACAGGCUUCACCUAGCCAUUGUUCCCCAAUAACAUCUAUAACAUCUGAGACUCCUAAAGACUCAUCCGGUGAGGAGACCUCAGUAUAGAAGAUCAGCA